ACAGCGUUGGUUUGUUGUUGAAGGGAAGCAGAGUCUGUCUCCUGGUGACUCAUGAACGUGGUGGGGGAAACUCCUCCCAGUAGCUCGUGGAAGACGCCAGUGCGCGCCGGUGUCACUGGCUUGGUGUCGCUUGCGUUCUUCCGUAAAAGAAACGAGCAGAAGACAGAAAUGGCGCUGCUAGUGAGGGAUCCGUUGGCUUCUAGAGCGGAGUUGGUGUUGCUACCGACUGGAGAUGGUUCAGUGCGGAGUUUGCUGUGCGCCCGUUGCGAGGCACUGGGGAUUUGAAAAAGACCACUUCUAUGUCAAGUGUAAUGGCCGAUGUGUUAAUUCUGAAGAUGUACUGCAGGAUGGAGCUGUCUACAGUCUGGAACCCAGACUGUGUGGUGGAAAGGGAGGUUUUGGAUCUAUGCUGCGAGCACUUGGUGCUCAGAUUGAAAAAACAACCAACCGAGAAGCUUGCAGAGAUCUUAGUGGAAGGAGGCUUCGAGAUGUCAACCAAGAAAAAGCAAUGGCUGAAUGGGUGAAGCAGCAAGCAGAACGUGAAGCAGAAAAGGAGCAAAGGCGCCUAGAAAGGCUGAAACGCAAACUUGCUGAGCCAAAGCACUUUUUCACUAAUCCAGACUAUCAGCAGCAGUGUCAUGAGAUGGCAGAGAGGCUGGAGGACUCUGUCCUUAAAGGAAUGCAAGCAUCUUCUAGCAAGAUGGUGUCACCGGUAAGCACUGAAAAUCGAAAGCGCCCAAAGGCGUCUGGAAAUGGGGCAACACCUGAGAAGAAAAGAUGUCUUUGGCUGGGGAUGGAAGGAUUGGAAGACCCUGAUAGGUCUCUAGACAGCAGUGACAGUGAAGGUGAUGAAGCCCCUAUUACAUCAGGAGGUUGCAAGGCUUCAACUAGCGACCAUUUCAAAAUGGCUCCAAGCACAGGACAGUGGCCUUGUGGUUCAGAGGAUUCCAUAAGUUGCAGUUCAGUCUCUGACACUGCAGAGAAGUCACAAGAGGAAAUGGAGCCUGCUGGGAAAGAUCUGGUAGAGGAGUUGCCUAGCAGUGGAACUGCUGCUGAUGAGAACUGUGAAGCAGCCCAGACCCUGACGGAACGAGAGCAAGCAGAUACCUCAAAAUCUCAGCAAGCUGUGAGUCAGCUACAAGACUGCGAAACUGCAACAAUAAAUCUGCUGGAAUUCCACUCUGUAACUGAACUGGAAGCCCUUGGGUUAGAAAAGCUGAAACUUGAACUGAUGGCUUUGGGACUAAAAUGUGGGGGCACAUUACAGGAAAGAGCAGCAAGGCUUUUCUCAGUGAGAGGUCUGACUAGAAGCGAGAUUGACCCUGCUUUAUUUACAAAGUCUUCAAAAGGGAAAAAGAAAUAACCUGUACUGGAGUUUUUGAUACUUAGGCUUCAAGUUUUGUUAUACUGGUAUUUUGUUAUACUGGUAUUUGUAUAAUGACUUUUUUAGUGUUUUGGAAAAUAUUGUGUUCUCACAUCAAAAGUAAGGGCUAGAAAUCUCUGUGCCCACAUUUGCCUCAUCCUUGAUUUUUCUGCCUGCACCAUUUGCACUGGAAGACCAGGGUCAGAUGCUUCUGAUCAGGAAGAUAGUGCUUUUAACACACUGCUUGAACAAAUGAUUUUAACACACUGCUUUCAAAGUGAUACGUUGGGGGAAAAUAAAUUCUCUGUGAACAACAUUCUAAGAGACGGGUAGCAGAAGGGAAUGGCUGCUAUUUGGAGAGAAGAUGCAGUGAAGCGCCACACAUAGUCAAAAAAAGUAAAGCCCCAAGCUUCUGACUUCAUAAUGAAUCAUCAGUCCA